ACCUUCUCGGGAUGCCUGCCGUGGGCUUGUUCUCCUCUCGCAGCUAUUCAGAUCUUCCCGGGCGAAGGCAGCUCCCUGCCACGACGCGCCUGCAUUAAGCAGGUCUGUGCGGCGGCCCGAGGGCCGUGGCUAUCGGCGAUGCCGUAAGGAGCAGCCCGGGAGCGCCUCUGGCUCUGCCCGUGUCCCCAAGGUCCCCGCAGGGCUGGGGGACGCGGCACCCUGCUCUCGCCAUGCCCCUCUGCCGUCUAGCGCUGGAGUUGGCUGUCAGAGAAACCUUCGAGGUCCCCUGCUCAGCCCCGGUAGUGUCAUGAGUUAGAUUAGUUGGAGCUGUGCUGGGGGCGGUGAGGGCUUGGAUUACAGUCCAGAACUCAAAGUGCUUCGGUGGUUCACGUCGGAGGGGAGAGGAGACGCCCCGUCGCACACAUGGAGGAAAAAGAGAAAAAACGCCGUCUCUGGAAGUGAGGGGCAAUAAAGGAGGCCGGGAACAUGGACUCGGAGUCGCUGGACGGCUGCAUUCAGAGCACGUUAUCAACACUCUACCCUCCGUUUGAGGCUACCGCAGCCACUGUUCUGUGCCAAGUUUUUGAUGUGGUGGAGAAGACGUACCGUGGGGAUGGACUGCGCUACCUCAUAGACUUCCUGAUUCCAGCCAAGCACAUCCUGCAGUGCAUUCAGCAGGAUGCCUGUGCUCAGUACUGCGGGUUGCUGUUCCGCCACGCGGGCUGGCCCCUGUGUAUCCACGAGAAGAUUGUAAUCCAGCUGGCUUCCAUUGACUGGCGAGUCUUGGAGCCUGGUGACUUCUACCUGCAGGUGGUCCCCCAUGAGAAGAAGUCUCCACGAAUUGUAUUGAAAUGUUUGGCAAAAGACAAGCAUAAUGUAGAGGAAGUGGUGAUUCCAGAAGUUUCAUAUACCUCUAUUUUUACUCUGGAAUGGCUGAGUACGUUCAAUGGAGAGCGGAUGGGUAUAGCACUGGAAAAUUGUUUACUAACCACUGAUGAUAAAAUAUUUCGUAUCCCCUGGGAUAAAGUGGUUAAUCCUGAGUUUAUAAACAAACCAAAAAUAAUUGAAAACAGUAUCAUCUCUCCAGAAAUAACAGAGGAACGUUCCAUUUUGUGCCUCCCCACUGAGCACAGUUCACCAGACCUGGGCUCUCAGUAUCUGCAGGAACAACACACAAAUCGAGACAACCUGGUCAUUAGCAGCACAGCUCCACAGUUAAGUGGGGCUCUUGUCAAUGGUGUCUGUACCAGUCCUGUGCCUCAAGAGAAUUUGACAAGUGACCUUGAAGGGGAGUACGUUGAGCUGGCAGAAGUUUCGCUGCCCAGGUUUGGGUCACAAACAGGCUCUUUAACCCAAUCGCUGGCUUUAAAUUAUCUAACUCAGCCCAGAGCACGAGUGAAUGAGUCUAAAGGCAAGCACAGGUUUCUUGUCAUACAAGACAGCACCUACUCCAAGAACUUAAUUCAGUCAGCACUUAUGCAGAAGGAGCACUGUCAAAUGGACACUCUGAGCACUCCUAGAGAAGUUCUCAAAAAUGUCAUUCCGUUAGAAAGCAGCAAAAUGAUGGCACAUGGAGAACUGUCUCCAGAAGGUCAGCUGAUAUCAGUUGGUCCUGGAAACAUGGGAAGUAAUUUUCCUGUGUCUGAGUCUCGUGCUUGCAGCACAGAAGGCUCAUGUGCAGAGCAGGAGCCGGGCAGUGAACACUCGCUGGAUUGGCGCUACGCACUGUGCAGCUACAGCGACGCGUGUGCUGGAGAUGGCGUCGGCUGCAAAGCACAGACACCUGCUGCUCCGGGAAACACAGAGGGAGAAAGUGAUGGACCCGGCAGAAAUGCUGCUGUUGAAACAUCUGAGCAGAGCCCAGAAACAAUUCUGAAUGCUACUGCUGCUGAAGAGGGUCAGAAUGAACCGACAGAGGUGGACGCCUCUCCUGUGUCUGUCCCAGGGCCUUCGGGACCACGCUGCACACCGAGGGAAGGUUCUGAUGUCUCGUGCCAGAAUGUCAGUGAAAGUGUUGUGCCAGUUCAGGCCACUGCAUUGCCUGAGAGUUCAGAUGUAUGUGUGGGGAGAGGCUCUCCUUCAGAGAACGUGGCAGAUGUAGGUUCUUGCUGCAGCGAUACAGAAGCAAAUCUCAGUUCUCCAUUAAAUUCUCCAGAAAAGAAGCAAAGAGAAGCAGGUGAAUUUGAGGUGGGAAGAAGGGAUAGCCGAGAAGAAGUCAGAGAGAUUAAAGAGGUUUUGACAGCAAAUGAAAACCAAACUAGUCAUAGUCACUGUUCUGCCAAAGCUUCUACAGAUGAACCUCUGUCAGAUGGUGAAAAGCAAGAGCAUAAGGAGGCUGAAGAAUCCAUACUACUCCAAACUGCUCUGUCAGAGGGGGGUCAGAUGACAGAACAAUUAAAUAACAGUGACUCUUUGGGCCCUGAUCCACAAACAGAAGAUUCAAGUCAAUUCAAAACCCAGAGCUCUGGAGAGAGGUCUGAGGAACCACAAAGACUGGUGGAAAACCAGGGCUGUGAAAGGGAAGAGAGCUCUGUGCUGAACACAGAGUGUGUUGCAGUGCAGGACUCGCCGGGAAGGGAGGAGAACCAGGGAAGUUUUUCUUAUGGGGAAAAGUCAAAGACUGUAGCCUCAAAAACACUGGAGUCCAUUGAAGAGGAGCUGGAGGUUGGACCACUGUCCUCAGGACCUGCUGAGGGACAUACAGAGCCCAGUGCUCUGCAGUCCCACCCAGAGGCAGCUUCUGGGACAUCAUCUCCUAAAGGGAUGGUGUCAGAAGGGACAGAGCUGGGAAAAGAAGCAGCUGGCACAGAUGUGUUGAAACCAGCGAGUAAAGUCAGUGCCCCGGAGGAAACUUCGACACCAAUUACUCCCCCGACAUCCCCAACUUCUGGAACUGCCUGGGGUGGUCACUUUGCACCUACCAUAGUCAAGGAUGUGAACCCAGAAGUGCUCAGGAGUGGAGUUGCCUACCUGCCUGGUGAGUAG